GGGGCGGGGAGCAGGAGGCGGCGGGCCCCGGGAAGAAAGGAACAUGGCUCCUGCGGCGGGCUGCGCCGAGCGCGGCCCGGGGCGAAGGCGCGCCGGGCGCCAGUGACCGCGAUGGUGAACUCCAGCCGCGUGCAGCCGCAGCAGCCCGGGGACCCGAAGCGGCCGCCCGCAGCCCGAGCGGCCGGCCCCGGCCGGCUGAUGACGGGCGGCGCGGCCGUGGGCGCCGGCCUCGCCGCUCCGGGCGGCCUCCGCGAGCAGAGGGGCCUGGAGAUCGAGAUGGAGCGUAUCCGGCAGGCGGCCGCGCGGGACCCCCCGGCCGGAGCCUCGGCCUCUCCCUCCCCGCCGCUCUCGUCGUGCUCGCGGCAGGCAUGGAGCCGUGACAACCCGGGCUUCGAGGCCGAGGAGGAGGAGGAGGAAGAGGAGGUGGAAGGCGAGGAAGGAGGAAUGGUGGUGGAGAUGGACGUGGAGUGGCGCCCGGGCAGCCGGAGGUCCGCCGCCUCCUCGUCCGUGAGCUCCGUGGGCGCCCGGGGCCGGGGGCUGGGGGGCUACCACGGCACCGGCCACCCAAGCGGGAGGCGGCGCCGGAGAGAGGACCAGGGCCCGCCGAGCCCCAGCCCGGCCGGCGGCGGGGACCCGCUUCAUCGCCACCUCCCCCUGGACGGGCAGCCGCCGCGAGUGGCCUGGGCCGAGAGGCUGGUUCGCGGGCUGCGAGGUCUCUGGGGAACAAGACUCAUGGAAGAAAGCAACACUAACCGUGAGAAGUAUCUUAAAAGUGUUUUACGGGAACUGGCCACAUACCUCCUUUUUCUCAUAGUCUUAUGCAUUUUGACCUAUGGGAUGAUGAGUUCCAGUGUGUACUACUACACCCGGGUAAUGUCACAACUCUUCUUGGACACCCCAGUGUCCAAAACAGAGAAAACAAACUUUAAAACUCUUUCUUCAAUGGAAGACUUCUGGAAGUUCACAGAAGGUGCCUUAUUGGAUGGGCUUUACUGGAAGACACAACCCAGCAACAAUACUGACGCCGACAACCGAAGCUUCAUCUACUACGAGAACCUCCUAUUAGGCGUACCACGUAUACGGCAGCUCAAAGUCAGGAACGGGUCCUGUUCUAUCCCCCAGGACUUGAGAGAUGAGAUUAAAGAGUGCUAUGAUGUCUACUCUGUCAGUAGUGAAGACAGGGCUCCAUUCGGUCCAAGAAAUGGAACAGCUUGGAUAUAUACAAGUGAAGAAGACUUGAAUGGGAGUAGCCACUGGGGAAUGAUUGCAACCUAUAGUGGAGCUGGCUAUUACCUGGAUUUGUCAAGAACAAGAGAGGAGACAGCCGCUCAGGUUGCUAGCCUCAAGAACAAUGUCUGGCUGGACCGAGGAACCAGGGCAACUUUUAUUGACUUUUCAGUAUACAACGCCAACAUUAACCUGUUCUGUGUGAUCAGGUUAUUGGUUGAAUUUCCAGCAACAGGCGGUGUGAUUCCAUCUUGGCAAUUUCAGCCUGUAAAGCUGAUCCGCUAUGUCACGACUUUUGAUUUCUUCCUGGCAGCCUGUGAGAUUAUCUUUUGUUUUUUUAUCUUUUACUAUGUGGUGGAAGAGAUACUGGAAAUUCGCAUUCACAAGCUACACUAUUUCAGAAGUUUCUGGAAUUGUCUGGAUGUUGUGAUUGUUGUGCUGUCAGUGGUAGCUAUAGGAAUUAACAUAUAUAGAACAUCAAAUGUGGAGGUGCUACUACAGUUUCUAGAAGAUCAAAAUACUUUUCCCAACUUUGAACAUCUGGCAUACUGGCAAAUACAGUUCAACAAUAUAGCUGCUGUCAUAGUAUUUUUUGUCUGGAUUAAGCUCUUCAAAUUCAUCAACUUUAACAGGACCAUGAGUCAGCUCUCCACAACCAUGUCUCGAUGUGCCAAAGACCUCUUUGGCUUUGCAAUUAUGUUCUUCAUCAUCUUCUUAGCAUAUGCUCAGUUGGCAUACCUUGUCUUUGGCACUCAGGUUGAUGACUUCAGUACCUUCCAAGAGUGUAUCUUCACUCAAUUCCGUAUCAUUUUGGGUGAUAUCAACUUCGCAGAGAUUGAGGAAGCUAAUCGAGUUUUGGGACCAAUUUAUUUCACUACAUUUGUGUUCUUUAUGUUCUUCAUUCUUUUGAAUAUGUUUUUGGCCAUCAUCAAUGAUACUUACUCCGAAGUUAAAUCUGAUUUGGCCCAGCAGAAAGCUGAAAUGGAACUCUCAGAUCUUAUCAGAAAGGGCUACCAUAAAGCCUUGGUCAAACUAAAACUGAAAAAAAAUACUGUGGAUGACAUUUCUGAGAGUCUGAGGCAAGGCGGAGGCAAGUUAAACUUUGAUGAACUUCGACAAGAUCUCAAAGGGAAGGGCCAUACUGAUGCAGAGAUUGAGGCAAUAUUCACAAAAUAUGACCAAGAUGGAGACCAAGAACUGACCGAACAUGAACAUCAACAGAUGAGAGACGACUUGGAAAAAGAGAGGGAGGAUCUGGAUCUGGAUCACAGCUCUUUACCACGUCCCAUGAGCAGCCGAAGUUUCCCAAGAAGCCUGGAUGACUCUGAGGAGGAUGAUGAUGAAGACAGUGGGCAUAGUUCCAGAAGGAGAGGAAGCAUCUCCAGUGGGGUUUCUUAUGAAGAGUUUCAAGUCCUGGUGAGACGAGUGGAUCGAAUGGAGCAUUCCAUCGGCAGCAUCGUGUCCAAGAUUGAUGCUGUGAUCGUGAAGCUGGAGAUCAUGGAGCGGGCCAAACUGAAGAGAAGGGAGGUUCUGGGAAGGCUUCUGGAUGGGGUGGCGGAGGAUGAAAGACUGGGUCGUGACAGUGAAAUCCACAGGGAGCAGAUGGAACGACUAGUGCGGGAAGAGUUGGAACGCUGGGAGUCUGACGAUGCAGCUUCCCAGAUAAGUCAUGGUUUAGGCACGCCAGUGGGACUGAAUGGUCAGCCGCGCCCCAGAAGCUCCCGCCCUUCUUCCUCCCAGUCUGCAGACGGAAUAGAGGGCGCAGGUGCAAAUGGGAGUUCCAAUAUCCAAGUCUAAGAUGUGUGUUAGUGUGUGUUCCUAAUAGGGGAGAAAGGGCUGUCCUGAAUGGCCAGACCAAGUACACUAUUUAUAUGCCCUGACCACCAUAUGAUGCUGGUCUUUGUGACCAAAUGUUAAUUCUUCUGCACUUUAAUUUAUUUUAGAUAAACUUUGCCCAUGGAUCAAAGAAGAUUUUUUUUUCUCAUAUAAGAAACCUAGGUGUAAAUAUUGAGUACAGAAAAAAAAAAUCUUUGUAAAGUACAUGGAGUGGUCUGCCCACUUGCUACCAUGGAUGAGUCUUCUCAGUGGACAACAAUGUAGCCUUUAAAGCUAGGAGAGAAUUGUCAAAAGCCUUCUGAGUUUUAUUUCCAGUCACAAAAAUCAGUAUUGUCAUUUUUGCCCAGUGCGUGAAGGGAAAGUAGGGGCAUUCUUUCCCACUCAGGCUUGGUUUAUGGACGUAAAACAUAGCUUGCUUUAAAGAAAGGAACCCUUUGUUUCAACUACCUUCCUGGGGCAAACAUUUCCAAAAGAUGAGCUGGAAAAGAACUAUGAACCAUGGAAUGGGUAUGUAGUCAUUAUGCUAGAAUGUGUAUGAAUGGUGAAGAUACAUGUUGAAUACUGUGCUUUUUUAUCAUUGUAUUAUAUAGUUCAUGUCCGUGGGAAUAACUGUUUCAUUUAUUCAUACUGUUUUCACUCUCAUUUAAAAUGAGCUGUGUGAAACCACCAGAUUGAUUGUAGGUUAAAAUGUCAUCUCUAGCCAUGACAUAGGAAAAUUAGAAGGAGCCCUGUCACUCAGUUUGACUUUUUUCUUUCUUUCUUUCUUUCUUUCUUUCUUUCUUUCUUUCUUUCUUUUUGUUUAUUUUUGAGAGAGAGACAGACAAUGAGCGGGGGAGGGGCAGAGAGAGAGAGAGAGGGGCAGAGAGAGAGAGAGCCUGAAGCAAGUUCCAGGCUCUGAGCUGUUGUUAGCACAGAGCCUGACAUGGGUCUUGAACCCACAAACCCUGAGAUCAUGACCUGAGCCGAAGUCAGACGCUUAACUGACUGAGCCACCCAGGUGCCCCAUCAGUUUGACUUUUUCUUAUAAUUAGUUUAGUAUAAAGAUUCGUCCAUAUAUUCUCUUCCCGCGUGGCUCAACUUACUUGCAACUGAAAGGAACGUUGUAACUAAUCUGGGAAAGCCGACUUCCUAAAUGUUUUCAUUAUGUACUGAGGGUUUUAACUCAGCAGAUAUGUUCGUUUGAAACAAAAAUUUACAGGAGUUUUGAAAUUCAUAUGCAAACAUUAUAAAACUGAAGUUUGAGUUUUAUGCUGUUUUAAGAAUAUGGAACUCAAAUAGUCUGAUUCAGCGGUUCAAAACUAGAAUGUAUAAUCUAAAUGGAGCUCAAUUUUAAUGAGAAGGAAUUUCUGGUAUUGAAAAUUCAUUCAUGAUCAGAACAUAUCAGCCACAGUUUGAGUUUCCAGCAGUUUUUGGUUUGUUUGUUUGUGUUUUCAUUAGGAGAGGGUCCCACCAAAUUUAUAGAGAAGAGAUUAUUUCUCAAUGAAAAAUAAAAAAAUCUUAUUUUUCAAAAGUGUUGAAUGAGGUGACCUUUUGAGAGAGCUAAUGGGACAAGCAAGAGAGAAUGCAUUGCUGGUGAAUUAACUCUGACUUGGAGAACAACAGAAGGGAGGCCUGUGUUUGAAUGCCUGGCUUUAAGUCAUUUACGUGAUUGAUAGAAUAGGUCAGUCAAAUCUUCAGUGAAAACCUGAGCAAACAAACCUGCCUAAGCUGGCUUCUAUAGAAGUGAUACACAUUGGGUUUCUUUAAUAGUUAUUUCUCAUGCUUUAUUUCCAUGUUUACUUUCUUUUGAAUAUGCUACAUGAAGUUCUUUAUUACUAGGUACUGAAGUUUGCAUUCCAGGGAUAUUGAGUGUACGUAUUUAUGUGUGUGUACCAUGUUGUUACAUGUAAACAAACUUCAAUUUGAAGUGCAGCCAUUAUGUGGUAUCCAUGUGUAUUGACCAUGUGCCAUAUAUUAAUUAUGGUCACUAGAAAAUCUUUUUAUGUACUUAUUAUCAUCUUGUUUCUCAUUUCACCUGUACGAUUUUACAAAAUUCUUUCUUUUUACCCAUAAGUUACAUACUUUUUUUCUCUUUAGUCAUGGAGAAUUCCCUCCUUUUCCCUCUCCUAUCAUCUUCCCCUCUAUAUCUGUGAUUUUAAGAAGAUGUUACAUAUGCAAGUCUCUCAACAAUUGAGAAUUUCAUUAAUGUGUAAUAUUGAGCACUUUACUUCUUAAUAAAGACUUGGUAUAAUAACAGA